GGCGCCGCUUUAGUUUAAGUUACAGAAAACCCCUAAUAUGAAAAACCCUACUUCUCUCCUACCCGAUUUUUGAACCCAGAGUAAAAAACACACAGUCACACACUUCACAGUUCUUUAGAAUCGGAGGAAGUUAAAAUGGUGGUGAGGCUAAGGUUGUCGAGGUUUGGAUGUAAGAACAAGCCUUUCUAUCGAGUGAUGGCCGCCGAUAGCAGAUCUCCUCGUGACGGCAAACAUUUGGAAGUUCUGGGCUACUACAACCCUCUCCCUGGUUAGUGUCUGUAUCUCUUUUCCUGCUCUCUUCAGCAACUUGCGAUUACAUCAAACGAGUUCUUUUUCCAUCCUAUAAUUUUGUUCAUAUAAUGUUUUCCAUCAAACACUUUGUUCUUUCUGCUUCCUGUCUUUGCAAAAUCUUCUUCGCCCUAACGGAAGUUGGUCGAUGAGCUGUUUAAUUCAUUUCUGUUUGGGGUAUUACAUUUUGCGUGUUUACCUGAUGUAUAUUUUAUAUUGGAUUUUUAAAUUGCCAGCAGCAGCUUUGGUUUUUUGAGUAGAAGUUUACGGCACCAUGGAACUCUUGUUUGCAUAUGUUAAUAGCAGAUUCCCUUAUGCAGGUCAGGAUGGGCAGAAACGAAUGGGUCUUAAUUUUGAUAGAGUCAAGUAUUGGUUAUCUGUAGGUGCACAGCCUUCAGAGCCGGUGCAGCGUCUUCUUUUCAGAUCCGGGUUGUUACCCCCUCCACCAAUGACGGCGAUGGGACGAAAAGGAGGACCAAGGGACACACGUCCAAUUGAUCCAAUGACUGGAAAGUUUUUAACACCAGAAAGCUCAAAGAAGGUGGACCUUGAACCCAAUGUUGACCUGGAUGAAGAUGAAAGUACAAGCAGUGCAUGAACCCCACUUACUUAUCCCUGAGCUUGCCAGGUCAAACUUUAAUUUCUGCUUUUAACCACUGGCGCAUGGUAGCUUAGGUACAAGAGGGAAUUGCGACUUGCGAGCUUAUGUUUCUAAGACCUAAAGGCCCCUGUUUUACUUGUGUAAUUCCAGGAAAAGAAAGGCGAAAUUCCAGUUCAUAUUUGUUUAGACUAGAUCAUUUGAAUGUGAAAAGCUAAAAAUUUCUUUGGAGGAGCAGCCGUCAUCAGGAAUCCAAAGGCAAAGAUUCUUCUGCGCCUGACUUGUUUUUGUUUUCCUACACCCGGACAGGGAUGAGCAGAAUUACAGGAUUUUGUAGUGUGUUUGUUAGCUGGACUCAACUGGUAGCCCAUGCCAUGAACAACUAAUGUUGUCCUUUCAUUAUUGCCUUAAAAUGCUUAAAGUUGGGUUUUCUUACCAAUAAAUUAAAUGGAAACCGUAUUCUACAGCUUAGAAAUAUGAUUAGUAUUUUACAAAGUCAAAAUUAUUCAAUAAC